UUUAUAUGUUAUCUAUUCUGACUUCAAUCAAUUAGUACUCAACAUUUGAUCUCUUUCCCCUUUUCCUCUCUCCCCACCAAAUUCUGAUCGGAAGCAAAGCCACAUCUACAGACCGGGAUGGGCAAGAUGCAGUCUUUCAAGGAACAGUUUUCUUUCGACGAAAGGGCUGAAGAAUCACAGGAUAUCAUCGCCAAAUAUCCCGAUCGAGUUCCUGUUGUUGCAGAAAGAUAUUCUAAGUCUGACCUUCCUGAAAUGGAGAAGAGGAAAUUCCUGGUACCUCGUGACAUGUCAGUCGGCCAAUUUAUCCACAUUUUGGGUGCAAGGCUCCGCCUGGAUCCCGGGAAAGCUCUCUUUGUAUUUGUGAAGGAUACAUUACCACAAACAACAAGCUUGAUCGAGUCCUUGUACAAUUCAUCCAAGGACGACGACGGGUUCCUUUACAUGUGCUACAGCAGCGAGAAAACAUUUGGCAGCACUCAUACUGUUAUGCGGAAUGAGUUUUCUCUUAGCUAAUGCCUAAUAGUAUGCCUGUGACUGUAAAUAUAUUUGAAUCGUAUGCAUACAUUUGUUAAUUGUUUUUGUGUGGCUGGAAUGUCAAAUGUGUGUCAUUGUGUCUCAAA